AUGUCCCCGAGUGCCGGAGCCCGAGAGUGGCCCGGAGAAGGGGCGGGCGAGCGCCCCGCGCCGCUACCACCGCGGCCCCGGCAGCCUCAUACGAGGGCCCGCACCUGCUCUGCGAGCCUGGCCACUGGAUCCUCGCCGCGGAGGGAGGAGGGGGAGGAUGCUGCCUCUCUUUGCUACAGCUUCACUGUUGGCAAGUCAGGGUCUGGAGCAUGGAGGGACAGAGUCCAAGGCCAACUGGACGGAGAGACCUUCCUUUCCUACAAUAGUAUCAACAACUGUCAUGGCUUUGGUGUUCUGGGGAACAGACUGAAUGCCACAAAGAUCUGCGAAAAACAGCUUGACACUCUGAAGGAUGGACUUCACCUGAUCAAACACCAAGUGAUUCAUAUGAUGCAGGAGAAUAAUUCCAUCAGAGAGGCCCUCAUUGUGCAGGCCAAGAUGUGUUGCUGGCAUGAAGGAGAUGGACAUUUCAAUGCAUCCUGGGAUAUUGGCCUCAAUGGACACCAAAUGUUGCACUUUGACCCAAGCACUGGAAAACUGUCUGAAGUUGGUCCUGGAUCCAACGGGAUUAAAGAGAUGUGGGAGGAAGACAGGGAUGUCACUGACUUCUUCAAGAUGACCUCACAGGGAGACUGUAGGUCCUGGCUUGAGGAGAUAGAGUUGCACUUGGAGAAAAAGCUGGAGCCUACAGCCUCACCAACAGCUGCUCCAGAUGUGAGCCAGCAGACUGUGUCACUGGCCAUCAAGCCCAACAUCUCAGCCCUGCUGAUAAUCCUCACCUGCUCCCUCCUGUCUUAUCUGAGGGGAAUCCUUGACAAUGACAGGCUGAAGAUGCUCCGGAGAAUGUCCUUCAUCUGGUGCAGCCCCUCUCCCUUCCCAUCAGCUAAUACAGAGUUUCUAUUGGCCCUAAUCCAUGUCUGA